AAAGCCCGACGAAAGAGGCACAGACAUUCACCGGAGAGAUUUCCGGAAUUACCACAUCCUCUAUCUAGCACACCAAGACGUUUCGGAUCGAUCGACUUCGAGUCCAGCGAGUGUAGGGCCAAUAAAGCAUGUCGGAGCCGGUCGAGGCUAACACCCCCGCCCAUGCUGCCCGUCGUGGAGGUUGUUGCUAGGCCGCCCUCACAUCGCCCCGCUCCCCCCAGCAAUCUGGACCAGACGGGCCAUCUGGUGCUGGGCCCGGGCGCUCGCCGCGAUGCGGCUGGUCUCCUGGCCGCACCCUUAUCCAAGCUGAGCGUAGAGCAACAGAGUGCGGUCCAAAAGGCCAAGAAGUACGCAAUGGAGCAGAGCAUCAAGAUGGUGCUCAUGAAGCAGACCCUGGCUCACCAACAGCAACAAGCCAAGUCGCUUCAACGCCAUCAAGCCGUGGUGCUCAUGUGCCGCGUCUACGUGGGAUCCAUCAACUUUGAAGUUAAAGAGGACACCAUCAAGCAGGCCUUCUUGCCGUUCGGGCCCAUUCGCAGCAUCUCCAUGAGUUGGGAUCCCAUCACUCAGAAGCACAAGGGGUUCGCCUUUGUCGAGUAUGAGAUGCCCGAGGCGGCUCAGCUCGCUUUGGAGCAGAUGAACGGCGUGGUCGUGUCUGGACGGAAUAUCAAAGUGGGACGACCUAGCAACAUGCCUCAGGCCCAAGCUGUCAUUGACGAUAUUACGUUGGAGGCCAAGAAUUACAAUCGGAUCUACAUUGCCUCGAUUCAUAGCGAUCUGACCGAGGACGAUAUCAAAAGCGUAUUUGAGGCGUUCGGACCCAUCAAAUCUUGCGAGUUGGCCAUGACUUCAGUACCGGGUCGACACAAGGGUUACGGCUUCAUCGAGUAUCUAACGCUACAAGGGGCGAUGGAUGCCAUUUCUUCCAUGAAUCUUUUUGAUCUGGGAGGCCAAUAUUUGCGCGUGGGUCGAGCCAUUACUCCACCUGAUACGCCCACGCAAGGUCCCCCUUCGGCCAUUCCGCAAGUGAUGCCUACGGCAGCGGCCGUGGCUGCAGCUGCUGCCACCGCCAAGAUUCAGGCCAUGGAUGCUGUGGCCACGAAUUUGGGCAUUUCGUCCUCCACCAUGAUUACCAAAACUCAAGCUGGGCCCACCAAAGUGAGUGGGUUUGGCCCCCCCGUAUCGGCGGCGGCUAUUCCUCCCCCAGCCGUAGUUCAACCCACUGCCUCUCGUUUUGACGAGGGCCCUUCCGUCUCUUUGGGGCCGAUGGCGGCGGUGGUCCCGCCCCCGACAGUGGCCGUUUUGCCAGCCCAAAUUGGUCAACCAGUGGCCCCACCUCCCAUGUCGGUCGAUGUGCCACCGGGCCCGACUUUGGCUCAAGGCAUGGUCGGUCUCCCCUCGGUUGGAGUGGCGCCCACAUUAGCCACUCAACCCUCCUACGCCCAAAUCCCCCCUCCCAGUUUGGCCACUUUUCCAACUAAUGUGGCUCCCAUAGCCACUCCCACGCCAGUGGUGGUUACCUCAACUGCAGAAAUUCGGACCAACCUGGAAAUGCAAGCUCAGCAACGGCAGCAAGAAGAGCUUCAAAAGAAGUUGAUGUCGGGUCAGGAGCCCUCGACACUUCAGCAACAAGAGAACAUCUCGAUCAAAGGAACCUCUGCCCGUCAUCUGGUCAUGCAGAAGCUCAUGAGAACUCAAGCCGAAUCGGUGGUGGUACUCUUGAAGAAUAUGGUCGGUCCUGAUGAUGUUGAUGAGCAAUUGCAAGAGGAAAUUGAGGAAGAGUGCUCCAAAUUUGGCGAAGUCGAACGUGUUAUUAUUUAUCAAGAAAGGCAAUCGGAAGAAGAGAACGCUGAAAUUUUGGUCAAGAUCUUUGUCGAAUUUAAAGGACCGGACAGUACUAAAAAGGCCAAAGAGGCGUUACAUGGCCGAUUCUUUGGAGGGCGUAAAGUCAUAGCCGAGAUAUACGACCAAAUAUUAUACGACCAUAAUGAUCUCUCGGGUUAAAUACACGUCUUAUCCUCCCUCA